AUGGCGGACGGUUACCGGCUGUGGGCUCCCUCGCCCUUGGACGAGUCGCUGGGCUGGCUGCGGGGAACGCGGCCGCAACCUCCGCCCGCCGCCUCGGCGCACCCCUUCCGCUGGGCCGGCCUGCAGGCGGCGGCGGGCGGGCAGCGGGGCGGCGGGGCCGCGUUGCCGCGGCCGCAAGCCGUGAGGUUGCAGAGCCUCGACGCCGUCUUCGAGCGGCUGGUGACGGCGCAGCCGCCGCGCCGGAUCGGCGUCCUGCGCGUUUCGGAGCGCUCGGCUUUCUGCAGGGUGGUCGACCCGCGGCGGUGGCGGGCCCGCGGGCUGCGGGAGGCGGAAGCGAGGGUGGUCGCCGCCAUGUGCCAGCAGAUGAUGCGCGCCAUCCUGCUGCUGUACGCCGCCUACAAGAAGUGCGCCUUCGUCCUGCAGCACGCCCACUGCACGCCGGCGGAACGCAGCUCGGCGGGGCUGCCUUCGAGCCGCGCCCGGAGCUCUCACACUUGGAAGCCCCGCUGA